CUAUUGCAUUGUGUCCAUUCCACAGACUCUAACCGACUCGGUCGAUCCUCUUGUUCGCUCUAUAGCUUAUUAAAUAUUUUAAAAUAACCAUGUCUCAAAUGUUGAUUCUUUUGGUUUUGAUCGGUUCGAUGUCUGCCGCUUUGGCUAGCUUCAAUCCGCACGGCCAGCCGCUCUUUUCAGCGGUGACAUCUUACACUUUUACCGUCGUGACGGCGUCCGUCAAUAAGUCGUCGACCUGCUACGUCACGGAAGGCCAAGUCUCUCAAUGUCGUCGUAAGCGCGGCAUUGAAGAGAAGCCGAUCCUGUUGAACAGAAAUUGGCCAAUUUCACCAUCGGCGGUUAUCGGGAUUGAAUCUACUCCGGUCCCGAUGCUCCCAAUCUUUCAGCGAGACAUUGGUUCGUUGGACUUUUUCAACGCCAACCCGAUCGUCGGAUCGAUGGACGAUUCCUACCAGAAAUAUCACAAUCUUUUCCAUCGACUUUCGUCUAAAGACCAGAAGAACAACGUCAUCUCGGUCGGCAACUGCGGCAUGUCGACCGUCAACUUUAGCCAGUUCCUCUUCUGCCUGGGAUUGACUGUCCAGGAAACGACCACUCUGACGGCCACCUUUACCAAAACCCAGAUCCUAUAUUCCGGUUACAACAAAAUGACUGUGAAGAAUUGCACUCCGGCCGGAUUCCCUUACCAAUACUGCCCCCCAGAAGCUAUUCCUGCUACUAGCCCUACGACCAGUACUAGUACUACUGUUGUUACAACCAGCCCUACCCCUGCUACAACUCCUGCCAUUGCCCUUGCACCUUGAAUCCUUGUUAUCAGAGAAAAAACUUUCUGCUUUCGUUGGUCGACAACCUGAAAGAUCCCUGAAACACGAAACAUUUUGCUGUUAUUAACAAUCUUCCGUUUUCCCUCACCACUAUUGUUAUUGGUGUAGUUUUUAAACUCGCAAAGUUAUUUCUUCUUUUCCAGUUUCUUUCUUAAUAUCUUCUUCUGCUGAAUAAUUUAUGGCUGUAUUUAAAUGUUUUUAAAUUAUUCUUCUGUUGCCGUUCUGGCAUUUCCCAUUUGAAUCAAGUAGUGAAAAAUAAAAAGCAGCAUACCAUUUAACACACA